UAUUGAAAUUUUAAAAAUUAUUUGAGAAACGUGAAUAAUAUUAUUGUUGCCGGAAUACAGUUCACCUUAAUGAUGUUUGAGACUUCAUUACCACCAAAAGCACUCGUAAACACAAAUGACAGUAAAAACACAGCUAUGGGUUGACGUAUCGUAAAACAAACACUUUUUUUCAACAUUAUAUUCAGGUCAUGCGCUGAUUAAGGAACUGCUGACGUCGUCAUCAUCGACUAUGUUAAAAAAAAAAACCUGUGACAGAAUAUUCAGGUGAUAAGCUGUCACAGUAGUCUAUUGGAAUCUCAAUUUGUUAGGAGCAAUGACCCAGUCACAGCUUUUGCAGUUCGUAAACUGUAGUAUUUUGAGAAAUCAUGAAAUAAUUAGGGAAGAUAUCUGGGUGAGAGACGGAAAAAUUGUAAAUCCAGAAAAAAUGUUUUUUGACGAAAAGAUCAGUGCAGACGUUCAAAUUGACUGCAAGGGAGCGCUUAUUUCGCCUGGUUUCAUUGAACUACAGAUUAAUGGUGGUUUCGGAGUUGACUUCUCUUGCGACUUUGAAGAUGUUGAGGAGGGACUUAGAGUAGUGGCAAAAGGUAUUCUGGCCCACGGUGUUACUUCAUUUUGUCCGACGGUCGUUACAUCUCCAGCUCAUGUAUAUAACAAGGUACUACCAAGGUUGAAGAAACAAGCUGGUGGACCAAAAGGAGCUACAGUUUUAGGUGUUCAUGUAGAAGGACCCUUCAUAAAUCCUCUCAAGAAGGGUGCCCAUCCAGAACAAUUUAUUAAGACAUUCGAGAAGGGAUUUGAUUCAGUUCUGGAAACUUAUGGAUCUUUGGACAAUGUGAGAAUUGUUACUGUAGCUCCAGAGCUAGAAAAAGCUCCUGAAGUUAUCGAGAAAUUUGUGGAAAGAGGGAUUACGGUUUCUUUAGGACAUUCUAUGGCAAGUCUUGGUGAAGGAGAAGCUGCUGUGAAACAUGGGGCUUCAUUUAUCACUCACUUAUUCAAUGCUAUGCUGCCAUUUCAUCACAGGGAUCCUGGUCUUGUGGGUCUCUUGGCAUCAGAUGCUGUUCCAGAUGAUCAUGUUGUUUAUUUUGGUAUCAUUUCGGAUGGCAUCCACACCCACCCUGCUGCACUGAGAAUAGCGCAUCGAACUCAUCCUAAAGGUUUGGUGCUGGUUACUGAUGCAAUUUCUGCACUGGGCCUAGAGGAGGGAAUGCAUCAGCUUGGUCAACUUUCUGUAGAGGUAAAGGCUGGUUGUGCAUAUAUUGCUGGCACUGAUACUCUUUGCGGUAGCAUAGCAACUAUGAGUGAGUGUGUCAAAUUCUUCAAAGAAGCUACAUCAUGCAGUAUAGUGGAAGCCCUAGAAGCUGCAACAUUGCACCCAGCAAAAGCACUGGGCAUUCACCAGACAAAAGGGAGUCUUCACUUUGGAGCAGAUGCUGAUUUUAUUUUUCUGGGAAAAGAUAUGGAUUUGUGGUCAACAUGGAUCAGUGGAGAAUGUGUCUACCAAGCUAAAGGCAAGACGGAGGCUGCUUGCUUUUGUAAAGUAAAGAGAAAGUGAUUUGAAAAAGGAGAUAAGACUACAAGACAUACUGGUGAAAGACCUCUGUGAAGCAUAUCUCAUUUCGGCGCAGCCACAACUAUAUCAUGAAAUGGGAAACAGAAGUGCACAUUUGUUACUUGAAACAGCUAAUGUAAAAAUAGUUUCUCAUCAUAAUAUAUUCUUAUUUGUUGGUAAUUGCAUAAAAAUAAGUUGUUCAUUCAUUGAAUAAAUAUAUUUCUAUAUAAAUAA